AUGCAAGGCAAGUCAAAGAGAGACGAUGUUGUAGAGCUCAGAUAUCAAAGAUAUUAUAGAAUAGCAACUGAAUCAAAGGUUGGACAGAUCAUAACAAAUCUCUGGAAUAAUUAUAUUUGGCAUUACUCCUCUAAAGCACUAACAGGAUCCAAAAAAAUCAUAUGGACCCUUACUAGUCUAGGAGUCAUUCUUCUGCUCCCUAUCACAAUGCAGGCUAUAUUAGAAGCUGAUGCCCAAAUGCAAAAUUUAUCAUCUCAACUUGACACUGCAGGCCAAGCUAAUUACCGUCCUUACUAA